GAGACGCGGACGACCAUCCAAUUGCCCCCACUAAGCCCCUCAGAACCAGUCCGCACGCAGGUGUUCCAACCGGGUCGCCCUUGCGGGCGCUGGCUGGCUGCGGCAUAUGGCCCUCGGGUGGAGGGGCCGGACCCCGUGGACAACGCCGACGAACGGCGGAUCCCACAGGGCGGCUUCCUCCAGGAAUCUAGGUGA